AUGACUGAAGAAUUGCCGCUGCUACAUUCGAACUCGCACUCAACGCAGCAUAACUUAGUACCACCGGUACCACAAAUCAAACAAGAAGUUGGGCACAGUACUGAAUCGACAACACCCAAUCAACCUGAUGACGAAAUUGACUCUAUGCCAUUUGACGAAUUGCAGCAGUUGUAUCACACGCUACAAGAUCGAUUCAAAGCUGUAUCUACUGAGCUAUCCAAGACAUAUGAAGAAGAGCAAAAUCAACGCAAAACAUUGAGUUAUUACCAACGUCGAAAUCAGGCCAUAUUGAACAUAUUGGAAUACUUAGAAGAUGCAACCACAGCUAAUGGCAAUGCCUCGGAUUCAUUUGACACUGCUAGGGUAAAGCAGAUUGUGGAAAAGGUACCCCGAUUGGCAAAAAAACUAUCUCCACUAAUCCAGGACGCUUCACCAUCAAAUACACCGAUAUCUUCCAGUUUAUUACUUAAUGCAUACUUGAUGGACCAUAUACCCGAUUUAAUCGACGAUGACCUAGCUUCCAUUGAAAUCAAUCCACAAUCAAUUGAAAGUUGGUGUCGACGUAAUCAAGCCACUAUAUCUACCAAUUUAGUCCCUGGUGGAAUUAAACCAGUGACUAUUGAAAUGUUGAAACGUUUGAAUGAAUACAAUGGGGUUGAAUUUGAUUUGGGCGUUGACGGGAAGUUGAUCGUUACCCCACAAGCUACUAGUUCAUCAAGUAAGAAAAGGCGUAGGAGGUAA